UGGAGAACAAGCGGUAUCUGGUACACUCCAGCUGCAGCUUUCACCACAGGUAAUUGCGCCUAUGACGGCGCAGGGCUUAUGGGCAUUACGUGUUCUUGUCCGCGACCUGCGAUUUGCGUGUGGAGACGGACGGACGCACUUUACAGACACCUUACGCCUGGAGUCACGAGACGGCGGGUCCCUCUACGCGCAAGUCCGUCAGGCUUUUCGGCUUUCACGACACGCUUGGCUCUUCGUUCCUACACGCUUUCACUCCCACGAACGGCACGCACGGCGCUUCUUCCUGCGCAACUAUGACCACGCGAGCACCACCUGUGGGUCUUCCAACUACACCGGAUCGGCAAGUGGAGCUUCCGCGUUCAAUACUGGUGCCGCGGGAGGACGUACUGGCCAUCAUGUGUCAGGCGCGAGCGACAGGACCACAGGCGGCAGCCACCUGCUGGGUGGAGGCUCCGCUGACGUACUCAUGGACCUGGGGGUAUUGCUGCGCCCCCAUGACCUGUUACAAUUGGACCCACAAUCUUCGCAGAUAUUGAGUAGUCCCGCGGCUUUUCUGCAGCCCAACGCUUCGCUCGCUUCCGUUGCGUCACAGCUUUCGACAGCCGUGAAUAUACAGCUUGAUGAGCAGGUCUUCGCAAUCAGCCGUGCUGAUGUGCGAACAGUGUUGUUGCAUCCGAUCAGCUCCUCGUCCAGCUCUACCGUUCUCGGACGAGGACGAGGAGCUCCUUCAACAAAACACCCAGAGGUGAGUCUCCAACAACCGAUUACACUUGAUGGUGAUGUGCCGCAACCAAUUACACCGGGAGCCGCAGUAUCAAAUGCGACCUUUAUUCCCUCUGCUAGCCCGACCGACAGCCCCAUGAUGAUGGCCGCCACGAUGAAUCAUGCCAAAGUGACUACAAGUCCACCUCCAAAUGGAAUCGGGGGUACUGGUGCUGGAAACAUCAAUACAUCUUCAAAAGUGAUAAUUCCGCGUUUAGUCUACGCUCUCUAUGCGAGUGAAAUGGCCAUGCUGAUCGAACACGUGAUGUUUCCCGCACUGCUUGCGUUCGGCCAGAGUGCUGGUGGAGAUGACUUCGCAGACGAGCAGCGUGAGGAAGCUUACGGCCACUAGUAGAGGUGGAAUACCAAUUUUUAAUUUUGAUAUCUGAGCCGAGGGAAUAGGAAUGCUCAGACUCAAAAUAGAUGAAGAAAAAGAGUCGAAAACCAAUACCAAAUAUACUGCAAGCAAGACGAUCAAAACGAAGAUGUAAAACAACGCCGAUAUUAGUAAAAAGAAAUUUCUAGAAGUAUGGUAUGAGACGACGCACUGAGACUACAGAUGAUGAAAAGAAGAAAGUAAAGCUUCUACAACAACAAAAUGAGUCGCUCUAAGGAAGGGCUCGAAAAGAAGCCGCGAUGCUGGAGGACUCAGACGAAUCUGGCGGAGACGCACCCCUUCUUUUUGAUGGGAAGAAUAAGGGAACCAAUCGAAAUCGUGUCUCGCAGGAAAGCCACGCGUCGUCCACUGUUGUUUUGAGCAACGCGGCAAGGGCAGUAUACAUCGCGCGGAGACAUCUUACGGUCUGGAAGUGUCUCGCAAGAAAGCACGUAGCAGCUGGGCCAGGAGGAACAAGUUAAGACUUUCUUGCUGUACGACCGUAUUAAUCCAUCUUGUUUCGAUGAAGCAUGAUUGUGAUUGUGUACUAGUUGUAACUGUUCCACAACGAGGUGGACGAGAACAAAACAGCUGUGCUCCAAUAUAAUGAGUAGUCUGGGUCUCAAGAUGGAUUUGACUGAGCUCUUCUAAACACGUUCGCAACCAGGUGGUCUCUUUUCAGAUAGAGACCUCGUUGACGCAAAAGAGUACUUACACUACGGCUUGUGACGAGGAGGCAAAAGCUUGUUCGUGUGUAACUAGAAGUAGAUGAGUUAUAUAUAAGUAUCAUCUGCAAGAACCGUGGACAUUUUGUCAACUACUUUUCAUUUUCCUGUAUUCUCUACUACAUCAAUGUUUUACGUAGAAGUCAUAGUGACAACAAAGAAGAUCAUGAAAUCUUUGAUAUUGUAAAAAUAGAUUGUACUGCGUUCGACAAGUUUGACACAGAUGACACAGAUGACCUUGAUAACGCGGAUAAUCGACACCUCAGAGGAGCAUGUUGAUGGCCUUCACUGGUAUGGACUUUUUUUGUCUCUUCCUACUUCUAGUAAGAACAUUCAACGAUUCUGUGUACUUAGUUAAUAAUCUUCGGUGCAGCAACAUCGUUUACCAGCAGACGCACGAUUUGCCAACUAGUUUCUUAUUUUUAGGUACUAGGGAUGACGACGCAAGCGCAACAAGUUCCGAUCGCUAGUUGCAUGGAUGCUAGUGGAAGCGCAUAGUUGCGAGGACCAUUUGCCUUGUCCAGUCUCGCGCUGUGAAGAACUUGCACUCCCUUUUAUUUUACAUCUUCAUCUCCAUCUACUUCAUCAUUCUUCACUUCUGUUAUCAUGCUUAUACUAGAAGAACUCGAACAGUAAUACAAGAAGUAUCUUCUUGUUAAGUGGACGAUUUCAUCUUUAAUCUGCGAAAUAGACUGACAACGACAAGAGAAUUCCUAGAAAGGUUUCUAAACAAAAGUCCUUCUUGAGAUGACAAGAGCUUCGCUAGUAUUAGGCCAAGGCGAAGAUGGCCUUUUUUACUAUGUCGGGGCGAAGCCAGACCACUUGAUGAAAGCAACUUCAUCGGCUGAAACUCAGUGAUGUAGGUACCCGUCGAAAUUUUGUUGUCAAG